CAAAAGCCUUCAUGAAGCCUGGUUGUCUGCCUGUCUGGGCUAGAAUUACGCAGGGCAACAUCCUGAAUCCGGCCCGACACUUUUGCAGAACUCACUGACACUGCUUUCUUCCCUCUUCGCCCGACACGCACCGUAAACUGUUUCCAGCCGCAACCUGCCCGCGACCCACAUCGAAUUACCACAAGGCAGACAAAUGACCUGACCAGCAACAACACCAGUCGGUGAUAUUUCCUCGUUCGCCAUCGGGAUUGGUUCUACUACAACGGAACUGCUGUUCUCUGUAUUUCGAUUAUUGAUGGUGCGAUUCAUAAGACUAGGACAGGGAAGGUUUGGGCGGCAUAAUGACCGGUACGCCCGCUCUGCGGCGUUCCUCGUCCCCUUCACCGUCCACGACGCCUGAACGAGUGCUUUCCGAACUGACACCAGCCAUUCAAUCGCUACAAACAAUCUGCAACAAUGAUCCAUUUGACCUACAUUGCGCCCUAACGACCACCGAGCACAUCCUGAGACUUCGUCAUUCGUUGAUCGACUCUGACAGGCCGCGCGAAUCGCAGGAUGCGCUCCGCAGCCUCGGCGGUUUCCAAACUUUACUGGAUCUCGCUCGCCAUCUAGCAGAACUAUAUGAUCCGGCGGUUCAGAGCGGUGAUGAUAGAAAAAACCUGUUGACACUGUUUAAGGACAUCUUGGCUGUUCUUUCCGUUUCUUUAAAAGAUCAUCCUGGCAACAGACGUUACUUUGCAAAGAGAAUUGGGUGUGGCGGACCAGUGUCGAUUGAAAAGACGUUGAGGCUUUUCGUUGACAAGAUCGAUGAUGGAAAGCCCCUGCCAAGUGAUGUCGAACAACUAUAUGGCGCAAUUCUUGCUGCCGCGCUUAAUCAAGAGACUGUUGGUGAAAUCUUCACCGCGUUGAGUGCUAAAUACACAUCCGCGCUGCAAUCUUUGACUUCUGCAACCAUUCGUUCUGGCGUGGAUAAAAUACUUGGCUCAGAGGAGACGGUCGAGCUUCAAGAGUUCAUUGGCCCGUUGGUGCGGACAUGGCUCUAUCAAGUAUCAAAAGGCGUCGACUACCCUGUCCAAAGAUUGGCCAUUCCCGCGUGCCUCUGCAGGUUGGCUAAAAAUUCACGGGAAAACAUCAUGGCUCUUCAUGCCACUGGCAUUUUGUCUUUGUUUCUUCCAAUCAUUUUCGAUGGAAACCUGACCGAGCACGAAAAAGCACUAUAUGAGGAAAUUGCCUCGCUGCUUUGUAUCCAAGGUAUUAACAAACUUGAUGAUGCCAUAUACCUUUAUCAGCGUGCUUGUGACUCUCCUCAAGCCUCACAGUUUCUUCUGCAUGCUAUCCAAGUUUCCAAGGGACCCUCCAGUAUCGAAUUCAACUUGUCAUCCCAUGGCUAUUCGUCUAUUGAGAUCCCAACCUUGGGCCGACCGUUUCCACCGCUCUCUUCUUCUGGAUAUACUUUAUCCGUAUGGGCACGAUUUGACCAUUUUGACCCACGAUCUCACACCACAAUAUUCGGCGCUUUUGAUUCCAGGCAGACAUGUUUUGUACUCGCCUAUCUUGAAAAAGACACACGUCAUUUCAUUUUGCAAACUUCAAUCAAUGGGCAGAGGCCAAGCAUUCGUUUCAAAUCAACAACUUUUGAAACGGGCCGAUGGUACCAUAUAUGUGUAAUCCACCGGCGGCCUAGAGCAACUACUGCUUCCAGAGCUUCACUUUUCGUUGAUGGUGAGUUUGCUGAACAGCUCAAAAUCGAUUACCCAAGCACACCCGUCGCCCGAUCUUCGCAUAAGCACCCCAGAGUACAAGCUUUCCUCGGAACGCCUCAAGACCUAGCUGUCAGUCUGGGCAAAGGGGUAUGUACAUCGAAGUGGUCUCUUGCUGGUGCCACACUUUUUGAAGACACAUUUAGCGAUGACCUGGUAUCUGUAUUCUAUCACUUGGGCCCGCGCUACUAUGGUAAUUUUCAAGAUUGCUUGGGUUCGUUUCAGACCUACAAGGCUUCCGCAGCACUAAAUUUGAGAAACGAAAGUCUUCAUCCUGGCAAAGAGGAACAUUCAGACAUUAUAACGGCUAUUCGUCAGAAAGCGAGUGGUUUGGUACACGAGUCAUCUUUUCUAUUGAAUAUAUCUCCCACCGCUAUUUUGGAUGAUGACGACAGCAAUCACAUUGAUGAAAGCCAACUUGUUAAAUCCUUAUCAAAACAGGCUGCCAAGAAUUUACAACAGAUGAUUAAAUCAGGAAGAAACGCCAUUGCGAUCAAUGGUGCUACUCCAGCCAUAAACGAUGCUCUUACGCGGUCUCACGGAGUAGCCGUAUUGACAGGGGACCCUGUGGUAUCUGUACCCCAGGCUCUCGACGAUGCUAGCUGGCGAAUAGGUGGCUGUGCCGCUGUACAUCUCAAUAUGCUACAAACCGCCACCACUUCAGAGAGCACAAGCCUUGCAGUGCAGAUCCUGUUUGAGGCUGUAGAAGAUAGUUGGAGGAAUAGCGAAGCGAUGGAAAGAGAAAACGGCUAUGGAAUCCUUGCUUUAUUACUCCGAGAGAAACUUGGAUUUCCACAAAGCACGCAAUCCGGCCUGUCAAAAACAUCAACAGUUUGCUCAGACAAUAGAGAACGAUCCGCCCUAGCAAUCGAACUUUUAAGACACAUCCUAUCCUUCGUUGGAUACAAUUUUGAAGAGCCAAGCAAGUCUAUUAUUACGAACCCUCUCGCAUAUCGCGUCUUACUUGUCGACCUUGAUGUGUGGCGAUUCGGGGAACCAUCGCUGCUUCAGAUGUAUUAUUCUCAAUUCACUACAUUUGCUGUAGAAAGUCAGCAUCAUCGUUUCAACGCCAAGCGUUUAUCUCGCAUGCGUGUAAACAAGAGACUUCUCGACGCUUUGAAAGGCGAGGAUUUCACCGAAGAAACCCUUGGCCUGUUUAUUCCCGCUUUCCGCUCUCUAUUUGAAAGCUGUGUAUCUGCAGAGCUACUUCGAUCCUUGUCUCUUUUCAUUACCUUUGCGCUCCACGAGGAAAAGGUCCCCAAAUUGAAUAAAAGGAAGAGCCUCCGCUUUGACUCUCGUGUCCGUCAAUCCUCUAAUUCGUCGGAUCGGUCCUCUAAGAAGAUCAUGUCCAAGUCGAAAAUUGGACUUGAACUACUCCGUAUGUAUACUAACUAUCUAUGCGUUCCUGGGGAUUAUAUUACUAUAAAAAAGUUUGCUAGAGCUGUGACAAACAAGUGGCUUUUGUACCUCAUUUGCGAAGAUGAGCCGGCAGUGGUUGUUUUGGCAACUACAAUUCUUGCACGGCUGAUAGUUGUCCACGGUAGCGGCUAUAGUAAGAAGCUGGCGGAUAAAUCGGGGGGAUAUGCCAUUUUGAAAUCACGAUUGAAACGACGGUGGAACAUUGCUAUGCUGUGGCCCAUUUUCUUUGGAGUUUUGUUUGGACUGGAUGUGGCGGAAAUUGAUAUUGACGCAACAGCGGAUACUUCAUUGCUCGUGGAUACACUUGCUUCCAAACAGUAUACGAAAGUCGUAUUUCCAGAGGUACUUCCAGUCAUAACCAAUAUGCUCAAAUGUGGUAUAGAAGCCGCAGUUUUUACCGAAGACUCGCCUACGGACCAGGAUGUUAUAACGAAUGCUGUAAACUUUCUAUCCGAAGUACACAUCAAGUUUCCAGAAUUUCGAGAAUUUGCCGCUACAUCAACUUAUGCUCAACAGCUACUCUUCGCUUUAUUUCCUGUCACAGGUUCGGGACCUGUUGACGCUGAGAUUGAGUUACAUUCCCAAGACACUGGGCUUAGUAUCCAACGGAAAACUGUUUCGACACAACCUUCUGUGUCUAUGGCACCUGUUUUGCGUACCUCUACUGUAGUACCUACGGAAAACUCAGCAGAUACAGACGGCUCACUUCGACGGUCAUCCUCCUUUGUCCUUAUCUCGUCCGACAAGGCUCAGCAUGUACCAUCGUCAUCACAGCUGCAUCGAAUUUCCGCGCCAACUAUUGACCGAGACACUUCCGCUGAAAACCACAGUCUGGUUUUGGAAUUGCUUCGCCUUGUCAUGAAAGUUUUUCUAGAUCAAAUCAUAGAACGAAAAGACUUCACAGGCCUCGGCCUGUUUCUGAAAACGCCGCCAAGUCGAACAGAGCACCAGAUAUACUUUAUAUCAUGGCUUCUGCGGAACAUUCUAGCAGAGUUGCAAGCAACGUUCUCGACUAAUACGAAGCUACUCCAGGAGCCGAGGGUAUUGACCAAUUUUGCUCGUUUCAUGGUUCAUGUAGGCGAGUCACUAUUUGAAGGCUGGUUUUUGGAUGGCGCAAGUCCAACUGUUGACCUAGCUGGAUUUGUUCUCGAGUAUCUUUCACGCCCAGAAAUUUCUAAUUUGAAAAUUAUCCGUCUCUGCAGCCAAGCUAUCAACAGUAUUCGCUCAGGACUGUUCAAGGUUAUCAUGCUGAAGCUAUCAGAUGUCGAUGAGCUAGAUACUCUUGCCUUUUUGAAUCGUCUCGGCUACUGGCAAACAAUUAUUCUCGCGUCAGGGGAGUCGGAAGUCGAGUAUUUGAAAUUAUUUUACUACUUACUAUAUACAAAAUCAGUCUCCAACAAGCAUGAAGUUCAGCUAGCGGCGGUAACUAUAUGGCGAAUUGUGCUCGUUCAGAAGCCUUCUGAGACUGCAUCUAUACUCAAUCAUGCCCCGCUUUCGCUCCAGAGUCGACUUUCAGAUGGUUUCGAGGAGUUAGUCGGAAUGGAUGACCCUACCUUCUUACGUUGGAUUGGUGAGCAGCGUGAGGAUCUAGAUGCGUUCUUUUUUGGAAGUAUAUCCAAAUUCUGGGACAGCUUUGUCGUGGAAGAGAAUCAUAGGACCGAUGAAUCAAACCGAAACCGCAGCAUAAAACGGAAGGAAAAGCUCAAACAGUGGGCCCAAGACGAGAAGUUGGAUGACGAGGUAAACCGCAGACACAACACUACCUUUGAUCAUUGGACAUCCAAUAUAUAUGCUUCAGAGUUUUUGAAACAUCAAAGACUAUUACAAGAUCAACAUGAUAAUUAUUCCUUCAUGUGGUCCCAUUUUUCUCAAAUAUCAGAAGACCUACACCGUUUCGGAGGUUUGCUAGAGAAAAGGGGGCAAGCCCGAUGGCGUCUAGAUCAGACCGAGGGACGUAGUCGAAUUCGACUUCGUGUCAUUCCCGAUGAUUCGAGUGAACGACAAGAUUAUCAACCAAAGCGGAAGGCUUCAGAGCCUCCUGCUAUCAAGGUGAACUCUUUGCGAACUGCAGCGAGCAAUGAAAAUAUUGUUAGCACGCCGACCACUAACGUACUUGAAGAAGAGCCAGUAGAAAUGGGGGCUGUAGGGCCUGACGGUGAAGACAAGGCUGCUCUCGAAGAUAGUUUCGAGAUGAUCGACGACCCUCGCGUGGACAUUGAUGAUUAUGAGGAUAAGAAUAGAAAGGUCAUGCGAAGUCUCCAAAGAGGAGACCAGGUCAAGAGUGUUUGCAACAUGUCUCGCAUUAUGGGUCUCGAGGCUUGUGAAGGUCUUCUGAUUUUGGGAAAGAAUUUUGUCUACAUUUUAGAUAAUUUCUUCCAACGUACAGAUGGGGAGAUUGUCAAUGUGUGGCAAGCCCCUGUCGAAGAAAGGGAUCCCUUUGUGCGCAUGAUUGCUGGUCGUGAAUCUGAUGAAAGGAAAUCUCGCGAGCACGAAACGCGGAGCUGGAAAUGGGUCGAUCUUAUAAGCGUCUCAAAACGUCGUUUUCUCUUCCGUGAUGUGGCACUCGAGAUGUUUUUCACGGACGGCCGCAGCUAUCUCUUAACGUUGAUAUCCUCUCGGGCUCGGGAUGAGCUUUUCAACCAAUUAUGUGCGCACGCUCCUCAUAUUGGCGGAAACAUGACUCUUACUCGACCAGAAGACAUUUGGAGAUUUGAGACCUUGAAAGUCCAGGAGGAUACACCCCAAUCUCUCGGGUCAAAAUUUGCUAGUGUUUUUGGACAGUCAUCUUUGAACCCAGCGACACAGAAAUGGGUCAAGGGCGAGAUAUCCAACUUUCAUUACUUAAUGCUAGUCAAUACGCUAGCUGGCCGAACUUUCAAUGACCUGACACAGUAUCCCGUCUUCCCAUGGGUUCUCGCUGAUUAUACAAGCAACGAGCUAGAUUUGGAAAAUCCGAAGAGUUUUCGUGACCUCACUAAGCCUAUGGGAUGUCAGAACUUUGAGAGAGAAGCGGAAUUUCGAGAACGAUACAAAUCUUUCGCAGAGAUGGGUGACGAGAAUGCACCUGCGUUUCACUACGGAACUCACUAUUCAUCUGCGAUGAUAGUUAGCUCUUACUUGAUUCGUUUACAGCCUUUUGUCAAAUCAUAUUUACUUCUUCAGGGAGGUACUUUUGACCACGCAGAUAGACUUUUCUACUCAGUGGGUAAGGCAUGGGAAUCUGCUUCGCGGGGCAAUAUGUCUGACGUUCGUGAACUUAUUCCGGAGUUUUUCUAUCUCCCGGAAUUCCUGGUCAAUUCAAACAGAUAUGAUUUUGGACUCCGUCAAAAUAUGAGUAAAGCUAUUGACUCUGUUGAACUUCCUCCAUGGGCGAAGGGUGAUCCUAAAAUUUUCAUUUCCAAGCACCGGGAAGCCUUAGAAAGUCCAUAUGUUACACAGCAUCUUCAUGAAUGGAUUGACCUUGUAUUCGGCUUCAAGCAAAAGGGAGAGGCCGCUAUUGAAGCAGCCAACGUCUUCCACCACCUCUCCUACCAGGGAGCGAGGGAUCUUGACAAUAUCGAGGAUCCAGUGGAACGAUUAGCUACCAUUGGCAUUAUCCAUAACUUUGGGCAGACGCCGCACCAGGUUUUCCAACGUCCACAUCCUCGCCGCGAGGAUAACAGUCGUAGAGAGGGUCGAUUAGAUGCUCUAGCUGAGUCAUUGACUAGAGUCCCACUUUCCUUGUUAAACAUUCAAGAAAAAGUGUCAUCUUUGUGCAUGAAACAAGACCGGUUGUUAUGUACGGCCGCGUUUCGACUAAAUGUGCCUCCAACUUUUGACAAAUAUAUGGAAUGGGGGUUCUCGGACGGCAGUGUCCGAUUCUACGCAUCGGAUAACAAGAAGCUUCUUGGUCACUUCGAACAUUUACAUGUUGGACAAUUGUCGUGUGUGCUAUUUGCAGACUCUCAAACGCUUGUUACAGCCGGAUCUGACUGCGUUGUUUCGAUAUGGACAUUCAUCUCUUCUGGUCGAACGAUGGAAUUGCAGCCACAAGCAUGCCUGUUUGGCCACCGAUCGCCAGUGUCGGUGCUCGCAACAUCUCGGUCAUUCAGCACCCUUUUGUCAGCAUCAUUGGAUGGACAGAUUAUGCUAUGGGAUCUUAACCGACGAUCCUUUUUACGAGAAUUGCCGGCUGAAGGGCCGGUAGAAUGUGCCCGGAUCAACGAUAUGACUGGGACUAUCAUGAUCUGCCGUGGUAGUCGUAUUACGUUGUAUUCCUUAAACGGGGCGCUCCUCCUCGACCAAGCCGUCUGUGAAGCGAAAGACGAUUACAUUGUAUCAUGUGCCUUUUACGAGGGUGCAAGCAAUGAAUGGUUAGAAAGGGAGCUUCUCUUCACCGGUCAUAAGAGAGGACUUGUCAAUGUCUGGAGCAAAGUUAUCCGAAAUGGACGGUUUGAUUUGGACUUGAUUCGACAACUUCACCACGUAGACCAUAGCAAAGACACGGGGGUCAACGUCUCUGCAGGCAUCAGUUGCAUUCUUCCGCUUCCUCAUACCGUCUACACCGGUGAUGAGGCCGGACGAGUCGUAAGUUUCACCUUAAAAUUUACACAGGCAAAUGUGGUGCGUAACCACUCCACGCGCACCCAACGCAAAACACAAUUCUCACCCAUUCUGUAUUCUUUAUAUAGGUGAAUUUAGCAUUGCUCUUUAUUGCCGCUGCUGGUGGCGGCUCAUUUCUUGGCGUUAGCAUGGCUGGGCGCCUUCUGUACUGGAUUUAUGAAUAUGCGAUGACGAUCAAAAGUUUUGUUCAGGAUGGCAUGCGUUUCACAGGUACACGGUUAUUUCCCUAUUUCACGGAUAUACUUGUUUUUUACACUCUGCAAGCAAGCCUGUCCGUAUAGCGUAUUUCCGGUGAACAAGCUCUGUGGGGAGCAUCGGAGCACACUGGGCCGGACCAUUAAGGUCGUUGCGAGAAUUCAAUCAUCAACAAAUGGUAAUUGGCAAUUGGCAGUGGUUGACAACGUCCUCGGAGUUGCGGCUAUCCAAGAGUAGGGCCUCCACGGAUCGGCUAUCGUGUCAAUAAUGCACCGUAGCUAG